CGCGCCAGAGUGAGCAGGCUCCGCAAGAGGGCUCAUAGGUUCUGCGGGCCCCGCUUAGCCUUCGCUAAGCUGACCAGGAUCGUCCGUGCAGGGGCCAACCCAGCAGGGCUGCGCGGCGCCUCAGUCGUGGGAGCGCAGGACCGUAUCCUCAAGCAGUUGCGCGCCUCGGUCGGGGAGUCGAUCUUCGGGGCGGCCAGGGGCAGGAGUCGGACCAUCGGCUUCACGCUGUCGCCCGCGCCCCUGUCCGAGCCCACCUUCGUUGCCAACUUUGCUCCGCUCGCCUUCUGGGCGGCUGCUGUCAGACAUAGGUGGGUCUCCGAGGGGGACAUGGUCUUGGUGUUCGAGUCGCUUAGUAAGGGAGGAGAGCCCGCCUGGCAGCAGGUUAAUGGGCCCACAGGGGCUAUGCUGGCUACGCUUCGCAGGCUCGGCUGGGCCCUGCUCCGCUGGGACCGCUGGGAGACGUUUACUGGGCUGGUGGUCGACUUGCGGGAGUACGGGGCCAGGGCGGUCAAGGCUCUGGUGGAUGCGGGGGCCAAGGAUGCACUUCUUCGGGAUCUGAGCAUCCGAGGCGAGGCGUUAGGUACGGCCAGCCAGGUUGCCCUCUUCCUGGACUGCCGUUCGAUUUCGACUGAGUGCAAGUUGUGCGGGCACCCGUGGGGCUCCAAGCA